GUUUUCGCAAGUGGAAUGCCGCUAUCUGAAUCGAUCCCUUCGUAGGUUUGUAACUAAUUGUUCACCAUUCAAAGAUUCUAAUGCCAUCCCGCAGUCGCCGUUUGCCAUUUUAUAAACGCGUGAUCAAUGACGGCUUUGGUCAGCCAUGGCUGUCGUGUCAUGGAAGGAGAUUUUACUUUUGACUGGACUGGUGGUUGGAUGUUACUGGAACAGUGUGUCGUGCGGCUUUGUCUUUGAUGACGUCUCCGCAAUUCUCGACAACAAGGACCUACGGCCCGCAACCCCUCUGCGCAACCUGUUCCUCAAUGACUUCUGGGGAACACCCAUGGCGGAGGAGAGGAGCCACAAGUCUUAUCGACCGCUGACCGUUCUCACCUUUCGACUGAACUACCUCUUCAGUGAGCUGACCGCAGCUUCCUACCAUCUGCUCAACGUGGUGUUGCACGCCGUGGUGUGUGUGCUUUUCCUGCGAGUGUGCCGGUUGUUCCUGGACAAGACUUCCGGCUUGGUGGCGGCGUUGCUGUUUGCUGUGCACCCCAUCCACACUGAAGCUGUCACAGGUGUCGUUGGCAGAGCGGAACUUCUCUCCUCAAUCUUCCUCUUGGCCGCUUUCCUGUCUUACACCAAGUCAACAGGUGCCGACCGCUCCAUCGUUUGGUCCCCCAUCGCACUGACGGUCGUCCUGGUGGCGGCAGCGACGCUUUGUAAGGAGCAGGGAAUCACCGUCAUCGGCAUCUGUUGUGUCCACGAAGUGUUCGUCGCACAAGGGUUCACCCUGCCCAUGCUGCUGGACACGCUGCGGCGCUUCUUGCAGGGGAAAGGCGGCUUCCCGUAUGCUGUCCUGCAAACUCUGCUGAAGCUCAUCGUCCUGGUCAUCAGCACCCUGCUGCUCGUCAUCGUCCGGGUGCAGGUCAUCCAGUCACAGCUGCCCGUCUUCACCAGAUUUGAUAACCCUGCAGCUGUCAGUCACACGCCCACCAGACAGCUGACGUUCAACUACCUGCUUCCCGUAAAUGCGUGGCUGCUGCUGAACCCCUCUGAGCUCUGCUGCGACUGGACUAUGGGCACCAUUCCUCUGGUGGAGUCCCUGCUGGACCUGCGUAACCUGGCCACCCUGGUGUUCUACGCCUCCCUGGGCCUGCUGGCUUACCACAGCUUGCGCUACCGACACAGCUCGGCCCGGACCGUCAUCAUGGCCCUGUCUCUGAUGGUCCUGCCCUUCAUCCCUGCGUCCAACCUCUUCUUCCCGGUGGGCUUCGUGGUGGCGGAGAGGGUCCUCUAUGUGCCCAGCAUGGGCUUCUGUGUCCUCGUCGCACACGGAUUCAGGAUCGUCUCUCAUAAAGGACACUUGAAGAAGAUUUCCUGGUUGGUAAUUGGUGUGCUUUUGACUACGCACGCAGUGAAGACUUUCCAAAGAAACUGGGACUGGGAGUCAGAAUAUACUCUGUUCACCUCCGCCCUGAAGGUCAACAAGAACAACGCCAAGUUGUGGAAUAACGUCGGUCAUGCUCUGGAGAACCAGAACAACUAUGCCAAGGCGCUGCAGUAUUUCCUCCAGGCCACCCGUGUCCAGCCCGAUGACAUUGGAGCCCACAUGAAUGUUGGGAGAACCUACAAGAACUUGAACAGGUCCAAAGAGGCAGAAGAUGCCUACCUGGUUGCCAAGUCGCUGAUGCCACAGGUGAUUCCCGGGAAGAAGUAUGCGACGCGCGUGGCCCCGAACCAUCUCAACGUUUACAUAAACCUGGCCAAUCUGAUCCGGGCCAACGAGUCGAGGCUGGAGGAGGCCGACCAGCUCUACCGACAAGCGAUCAGCAUGAGGCCGGACUUCAAACAGGCCUACAUCAGCAGAGGGGAGCUGCUCCUGAAGAUGAACAAGCUCACGGAAGCCCGCGACGCCUACCUGCGGGCGCUGGAGCUGGACCGCACCAACGCCGACCUGUGGUACAACCUGGCCAUCGUCAACAUCGAGAUGAAGGACCCCCCCGAGGCCCUGAGGAACUUCAACCGCGCCCUGGAGCUCAACCCGCGCCACAAGCUGGCGCUCUUCAACUCGGCGCUUCUCAUGCAGGAGUCUGGCGACCCAAAGUUCUGGCCCGAGGCCAACCGCCGCUUCUUGAUCUACGUGGAGGAGCAGCCCGACGACGCCAACGGCUACUUCAACCUGGGCAUGCUGGCCAUGGACGCCAGCGAGAACGCGGCGGCCGAGCGCUGGAUGCGGCGGGCCAUCGCCCUGCAGGCGGGCUUCCGCAGCGCCCUGUUCAACCUGGCGCUGCUCUACUCGCAGUCCAAGCGCGAGACGGACGCGCUGCCCGCGCUGGACGAGCUGCUGCGGCACCACCCGGAGCACGUCAAGGGCCUGAUCCUGAAGGGGGACAUCCUCAUGAACCACAAGAAGGACACGGGCGGCGCCAAGGCCUGCUUUGAGCGCAUCGUGCGCAUGGACCCCACCAACGUGCAGGGCAAGCACAACCUGUGCGUGGUGUACUUCGAGGAGCGCGACCUGCCGCGCGCCGCUACCUGCCUGGAGGAGACGCUGGCGAUGGCGCCGAACGAGGAGUACGUGCGUCGCCACCUGAGCAUCGUGCGCAGCAAAAUGGCCGCCAUGAGCGCGGCAGGCGAACCGCUCACAGCGGCAGGCGGCGGCGGAGCAGCAGCAGCAGCCGCCGCCGAGGACGAAGCGCCGCAGAGGGUGGCAGAGGAGGAGGGGGCGGCGGGGGUCGGGGAGGAAGGGAGCGGCGCCGACCCCGUUGGGAAGUGGCCCGGGGGUGAGAAGAAUGUGCGGACAUCCUCGGCGGAAAGCCUCGGCGGCGCGGACCAAUCGCAGCCUGGGGACAGUGGGCGGUCCGACCAGCAGACUCGGGGGAAGACCACGGAGGAGGUGAACGGCAUAGAGGAGAAAAGGGCCGCUGCCCUCAGGAGACUGGAGGAGAUUGAGCGCAUAUUAAGUGGAGAUUAACGUUGCUGUGAUCAAUACUUUUAUAGAGCUCUUUACUGCUCGGGGAGAAGAAAAUGUGCAAAUCAAAAACGUUUCGGACAUUUUAUUGUUUUGAUUUAUUGGCUGCAGGGCAUAACCUCGUAAAUUCGACACUAAUCAUGUAAACAAAGGGACAUUUUGAUCCGCGCAUGAAAACCCAUGUAACAAUAAGCACAAAGCCAAGUCGGUGAUUAUCUAUUUAAAGCGUUCGGCCGCCGUGCUCCAUCCGAACGGGUCCCCCCCACCCCCCCACUAGAUCUCCAGUAGUUAUAUUUGUUUUUCUUUAUGUAGUCCUUGUUUAUCACUGGAUUUUGUUCUUUUCUUUUUUCACUCACUCACUUUUGUGUUAUUUAAAAAAACAAAACAAAAAGAAAAAAACACCGAUUUGAAUCGGGGGGACAAUUACAGGAAAUGACAUGUUCCACACAGUGAUUUCUGCACAGUGCGAGCCUUAAAAUUAGCCUCCACACUGCAUCACCGCCGGGCUCGUGUUCCGUUGCAUUUUCUAAUCUUUAUUGAUCUCAUUCGGGCAUUUCCCGCCGACACAUCACCAGCCUCCAAUAGACUAUUACACCCUCCCCCCCUGAAUCUCCAGGGUGGGGUCCCUUCGCUUCCGACACAUUGAAUCAGUAAUUUGUUUUUUCCCUGCUUGUGUUGCUAAAAUAAAUACUCCACACCCUCCGACCGGCGCUCCGCCCAUUUAAUGUGACGUCAAUCAUCUCCCGCGUCCUGCUUCAUCAUGUGUUUUCCUUCAACUUUAUAUAGGGGGGGGGGGGGGGACCUUUCACGGCACAUUUGCAGAAAACGGAUGUCCCCAUUCAUCCAGCUGCACGGCGGCGAUGUCGCUUAAGCUCACACGCACGAGAACUAAAAGCACCGCAACGUUUUUGCUUUUUUUUGGCUUGACUUUCUGCCGCGUUUACUCUUCUACAUUGAAAAGUCUCCCGUUCUUCUUCCACCCGGAGAGGCACAUAGCUGACCAACAACCACCCCGCCCCCCUCCCACUCUUCUCACUGCACAAAUCAUCUCCAGCACACAAGCCCCGGUGGUCGCGAGUCCGACUCGCAGCCAGAAUGUUUAAUCAAUCACGCUGGCUGCGGAGCUCCUCCGGGGACGGCGUUUGCUGGGACGUUCCCGCUCCGUUGCCUCGCUGUGCAAUAAAACCUCUCAGCCAUAGUUGAGCGGCGUAGACCUGCUAUGCAUCCGGAUGGUCUGUGUACAUAUAUAUUUACAGCGUGCUCGUGUCCAGUGUUAUUUAUUAUCUUCACAUGCCGUAGAUCGCUGUUUGCAUUCACAGUGCGUUGUUUUGUUAUCCAUCAUGUGUCACUUGUAAUCACCAACAGAGCCUCGUCAGUGUUCAACAUGUAUGACAUUCGAGGAACUAAAAAGCGUGUCCAUCCACGAGGAAACAUCCUGUUUUUAUCUCAUUUUGCUGAGUGGCUGAUUUUUGUACAAUCUUGAGUUUUCUUUUUCUUUUUUUCUUUUUUGCUAUAGCCCUUGGUGGUGGGGGUUUAGGUUAAUAAAGUGAGAUGACGACG